AAGACGAGACCGCAGACUGUUCGAAUUUUUGAUGCAGCCGCGUAAUGGAAACCUCAGUUUCGGCAACGAACAAUUUACUUUCGCCGAAGCAGCAAACUCUUCUGAGCGCAGAACUAUGUUUGCAGGUUAGUGUUCAUUGUAUAUUUGUAUUAUUCGAGAUAAGCGCUAUUUGUUAGAGAUUUUGUUUACACUGCCGAGAUACGAGCCUGUGGGUAACCUUUUUCCCCAUUUCGUUGUCAUGGAGAUGAAUCCUAAACUGAAACUACGUUGCCGGAUUCCGCGCGUUCCUCGGCCCCGCCAAAGAUGUGAUCACUUUCUCUUCGCCAAGCUAGCCUACCUGCGCGUCAAUAAUUAGACGCACGAUGGACGAGGAGGUAAGCGCUAAGGUAAUUAAGAAAACGCAAGACCUCUUAGGAUCUGUGAUAAAGAAGCCACCUCUGCAAGAAAAACUGCUCAAGAAACCACCGUUCCGAUUUCUGCAUGACGUUAUUCAUAACGUCAUCAAGGCAACAAGUUUUUUAGAUGGACUGUACAACCAGGAUGAGCUUACGUCAGAGAAUAUAAAGGACAAGGAAAGUAAAAUUGCAUUUUUACAGAAGGCCAUUGAUGCUGUUGGUAUAGUAAGUGGGUCGGCGUUGCCUGUGCGACCAUCAAAAAUAGUUGCUGGACACGAACCGGACAAAACCAACGAGUUUCUUCAAGUACUCGCAAAGUUAGCAGCCAAAAAGGUGGACUCUAGUGAUGCUGUGAAAAGGGUUCUAACUGGUGAAAAACCUCCUGCACCAAGCAAACCUGAGAAAAAAGACACGGGCAAAAAGAAAGAGCCAGUGAAAGUCUCAAAAAAGUCUGACGGUGAACGUAAGUCAAGAAAAAUAGCAAGUGAAACUGACCCAAGUAAAGACAAGAAGUCAACAUCCUCGGUGCAAAAGGAGAAGAGCUCAUCUAGCAGCAAGUCGUCCAAGUUAGACAAGACUUCGGGAGAGCACAGGUCGAAAUCUAGAGAGCCUGAUGCACGCAAGACGGCACAUGCCGCUCCAGAGGGCGAUGAUGUGCAGCAGACCGGCAGUGAACGGCCUAAGACUAGCUCGAAGAAAAAAUCAUCCAAGGAGGUGAAAGAGCCUGCAGCUACUGCUCCGUCAGCUUUGCCCAACGGAAUUUCUAAGCUUGAACAGGAUCAAGUUGUUGCAAAGGUAGACAAGACUGACUUGCAGCCACAGGCAGUCAAUCCCAAUAUUCAAGAUGACGAAGCCGAAGUGAAACGUCCACGUAGUACAAAGCGGUCAUCUCACAAGGAGCAAAUUCCCGAAAGCAGUAGUGAAGGUCACCAGGAUAAGCUGCCUACAUCAAACAGCAACCAUGAAAUGACGUUACAAGCCGACCACUUAUUGGCACCUCCCGAGCCUGAAAACAAAACUGUGCAAGAAGUCGAGAGACCACUGUCUCGGUCAACAUUGAGGUCGUCACGACCUCGAAGUUCCAGACCGGCUGCACCAAGAAUUCGAAAGAGGGAAAACUCGGCUGAUAGCACUCCAGCCAUCAGGGCUCCGACCGCCAAGCCAGUUGAAAACGUAAUUCUGGACACGAGUGAGGACAAAAAUGAAGACGACAAAGAUGAUGAAUUUGUGAUCACCGAGUCUACAAUUGAACCAGUCCUAGCUAAGCUGAACACUCCUGAAGCAGAACACCUUCCAGAGUCCGAGCAAGGAAGCCUGGUAAAGCAGAUCCUCGAAGCAAAGAAAGAGUUGGAACAAGGAAGCCAGCGGCCAUCUACGGGCUUUACAACUGCAGAACAUGUUAUGCCAGGCAUUGUUUCGAAAGCACCAGGACAGGACAAGAUGGAUGCCCUCCGACAGCACAUUCAAGCGGUCAGCCGAGGAGCGCUGCCACUGGGAAAGCUACUGGACUUACUUUCCGAGGACCUGGACUCCAUGAACAUGGAGUUGAGCUCAUGGAAGGAGGAGCACACCAAGAAUCUGCAGGCUUACAGCUCUGAGCAAAGUGCAACAGACUCAAUCCUGGAGCCUCUACGACAGAACUUGGAAGAGCUGGACCAGCGCAUUGGUGACGAGCUCGAGGAAAUCUCGGCAACAAGGGCAGCCAUCUUUAGCAAUGCCGAACAUUUGGAGAAGAUGCUCGCUGCUGCAAACCUUGGUCGCUAAAGCUCUCUCAUGUUUGGCAAGGCUCAGCCUUAAAGCUGUUAUUUCCCGAGUGAGAUUGAAAUAAAUGCACUAAUUGACG